GAGCAGUUGGCAACGAGCGGUCGUGUACUACGGAUGCGUGAAGCACCAAUCCGCGUAUCUAGUCUAAAAGUGCAGCGGUAUAAAUACAUACAUAGAAAGUUACAUAUGUAUGUGGAAAGCCAGGUGUAAAUAUGUAGAUACAAUCUGGUAGAUACAUUCGCGUACAUAAACUGUUUCAAUUGUCUUAUUGGCCCGCUCAUGGACAAAGCUGCGCAGAAUUGAAAGUGAAUCAAGUGCUAUGAACUGUUCAGUAAAUAAAAACUGAGUUGCAACCACAUUUUCGAAGCCAAAAAUCGCCUAUGUAAACAGCCAAAAUGUCUAAGAAACCACGUGGAAACAUUCACAAGAUACGAGAGUUCGAAUUGGAGAAGAUCCAGCUUGUGGACGAGUUUGAUAUCAUACAGAUCGUUGGCGAAGGAUGGUUCGGGAAGAUUUUACUGGUGGAGCAUCGCGGAUCCCAGACGGAGAUGGUCCUUAAAGCUGUACCCAAACCAUAUGUGACCCUGCGCGACUUCUACCGGGAAUUCCACUACGGACUCCACCUCGGCGUUCACCGACACAUUGUGACCACCUAUGAUGUGGCCUUUGAGACGGCGGGCUUCUACGUUUUUACCCAAGAAUAUGCUCCACUAGGGGAUCUCACAUCGAACGUGACCGAUUCGGGUGUGGGCGAAGUUUAUAGCAAGCGGGUGGCGAAACAGUUGGCCUCGGCCAUUGACUACAUGCAUUCAAAAGACAUAGUGCAUCGGGACAUAAAGUUGGACAAUGUGCUCAUCUAUCGCUCGGACUUCCAGCGCAUCAAGCUCUGCGAUUUCGGCGAGUCCUUUCCCACAGGCUCCACUGUAGAGCGACGCAACGAGUGGUUGCCCUACAGUCCGCCAGAAGUAUUAGAAAUCAAGCCAGAGGGCAGUUACAAAGCCGAUCCGAGCCACGAUGUUUGGCAGUUUGGCAUUGUGAUCUUUGUGUGUCUAACUGGCUGUUUGCCCUGGCAGAAAGCUGCCUCCGAUGAUCCGCGCUAUGUGCGCUAUUUGGCCUGGCAGGGCGGACUUAUGAUGAUGCCUCUGCGGCGAACUCCACGACUCUUCAAGCUGCUCACUUCGAAUGCGCAGCGGAUGUUCAAGCGUUUCUUUGCCAGGAUCUCCAAUCGCCCGAAGAGCCUGGCCGACGUUACCAAGUUCCUAGACGACCGCUGGCUGGCCAAGACCGCCCAGAAGGAGAUGGCCGAGUACGAGACCGACGAGCUGUGCCCCUCCAUGUACUCCUUCCACAGCAGCCCGGAUGAGAAGAACAAGCUGCUCUACACCUUGGCCGACUGCGGAAUCGAGACCAACGUGGACCGGCAGCAGAAGAAGAACCGCAUCAAAGACUGGAUUGAGUCGUCCAUCAUUACGGAGGAGGACGAGGAGGAGAACGAGGAGACCAACUCGGCAUCCCCAUCCUCGUCGGUCUCGCGGGAGCCGCUUCCCGGGCACAUAUCCUCGCUGCGCAAGCCCACAAGUCCGGCGGAAAGCGCCAAGGAGAUCAACAGCACCCUGAAGGACGCCACCCAGAAGCACUUCGAUCCGCGCACGGGGGCACUGCAGCAGGGACCCAGCGAGAUGGGUCAGGUGGCCAUGGCGUAUUCCAAGUCGGCCAGUCCCGCCUCCAACUACAGCACCACAGCGUCCACACUGAACAACGCAGACAGCCUGCUGACGCUGGGCUCGCGGCAGGAUCUGCUGGCCAGCAACCUGACCAUGUACACCUCCAUGGAGACCGAACUGAAUCGUCUAGGUGAGGCUGAUCCUCGGCUGAACCAGCGCACCCAGAGCAACAAUCCCCUGCUAACCACCUUCGAUGUGAACACCAAUCCCGCCGCCAAGAACUCGAUUGGAGUGGGCACCCGCGGCUCCAGCCGCAGCAUCCUCAAAUCCUCCAUAGCCACCGCCGCUUAUCCCGCUUUGGGCGCUUUUAACCACGGCCAGAGCCACAGCCUGCAGCAGCUGAACCAACACCUCCAAACAUCCACGGGCCUAACUCCCAGCAAGAGCUCCUUCUUCCGGCGAUGACAACACCGCCGACUAAUUGUCACUAAUAGUCAUCCUUGCCGCACUUUCAGAGCUUCGCGAUGCCCGGCACUCGAGCUACGCUAAUCUCCCAUAUGCUUCUCAAGUUAAAGACAGUGCCUACGGAUCGGUCGAUGUCAGCGAGAUGGCGGCGUCCAGCAGGAGUCCCUCGCUGAUGAAGGACACCGCCUACGAUCGCACCACCAGCUCCAGCAGCCACAACAUCGCCCGGCGACAGCGCAGAUAGCUCCCCAGGGGGAACAGCAAGCAGCCACUGAUUUAAAAGUUCCAAUAAAUAGUUAACGUACAUUUCUUAA